UAAGAGCCUAGUGAAGAAGCCAGCCCAUUCGCCAUGAGCAGCAAGAGCAGAAUAGAAGAAAAAUCAUAGAUGAAGACAUUUUCAAACACACUUCCAGAAGCUUCAGACAAGGAACCCCAAUGGACACGGUCCAUAUGCCCGGGCCCCUGUGUCUCAUUGAGAAUGUGAAAGGACAACUGAAGCCUAACCAUGAGGCCCUGGAGAUCCUGUCGGCCAUCACACAGCCGGUGGCGGUGGUGGCCAUCGUGGGGCUCUACCGCACUGGCAAAUCCUACCUGAUGAACAGGCUGGCCGGAAAGAAAACCGGAUUCUCUCUGGGUUCCACCGUGCAGGCUCACACAAAAGGGAUCUGGAUGUGGUGUGUGCCUCAUCCCCACAAGAAGGAUCACACACUUGUUCUGCUUGACACCGAGGGCCUGGGAGACGUUGAGAAAGGCGACAAUCAGAAUGAUUGCUGGAUCUUUGCCCUGGCUGUACUUCUAAGCAGCACCUUUGUGUACAACAGCAUGGGAGCCAUCAACCAGCAGGCCAUGGACCAGCUGCACUAUGUGACAGAGCUGACAGAUCAGAUAAGAUCAAGAACCUCAGCUGACCAGGGAGAUGACAUGGAAGACUCAUUUGAGUUUGUGAGCUUCUUCCCUGACUUCGUGUGGAGCCUGAGAGAUAUGACCUUGAAGAUGGAAGUAGAUGGGCGCUGUGUCACAGCAGAUGAGUACCUGGAGAAUUCUCUGAAGCUCAAAGAAGGUACCUGCAAAGAAGUUGAAAAAUACAACUUGCCCCGACUCUGUAUUCGAAAGUUCUUUCCAAAGAAGAAAUGUUAUAUCUUCUAUCCACCCACGGAGUGGAAAAAGCUCUCCCAGCUGGAGACACUGCAAGAAAAUGAGAUCGAUUCUGACUUUUUGCAGCAAGUAGCAGAAUUCUGUUUGUACAUCUUUAAGCAUUGCAAAACCAAAACUCUUCCAGGAGGCAUCCUGGUCAAUGGCCCACGACUAGAAAGCCUAGUGCUGACCUAUAUUGAAGCAAUCCGCAGUGGAGACCUGCCGUGCAUAGAGAAUGCAGUCCUGGCCUUGGCAAAGAUAGAGAACUCGGCUGCAGUGCAAAAGGCCAUCACCCACUAUGACCAACAGAUGAGCCAGAAGGUGAAGCUGCCCAUGGAGACCCUCCAGGAGCUGCUGGACCUGCACAGGACCUGUGAGAGAGAGGCCAUAGAAAUCUUCCUCAGGACUUCCUUUAAAGAUGAAGACCAUUCAUUUCAAAAGGAACUGGGGUCGCAGCUAGAAGUAAGGUGGGAUGACUUUUGUAAACGCAAUCUGGAAGCAUCAUCAACCCGUUGCUGGGCAUUGCUGGAGGAUAUCUUCAGACCUCUUGAAGAACGUGUGAGGAAUGGCACUUUUUCUAAGCCUGGAGGUUAUGGCCUCUUUGUUCAGGAGACACACAGGCUGAAGAAAAAGUACUAUGGAGAACCAAAGAAGGGCAUGCAGGCUGAAGAGGUUCUACAGACUUACUUACAAUCCAAGGAGGCUGUUUCUAAUGCAAUUUUACAGACAGAUCAGAAUCUGACAGAAAAAGAAAAGGAGAUUGAAGUGGAGCGUAAGAAAACAGAGGCUGCAAUGGCUGCUGCGAAACUGUUGGAGGAAACACAGAAGAAGAAUGAGAAGCUGAUGGAACAGAAAGAAAAGAGUUAUCAGGAACACAUGAGACAGCUGACUCAGAAAAUGAAGAAUGACAGAAUCCAGCUCAAGGCAGAGCAAGAGCAGACAUUAGCUCUUAAACUUCAGGAGCAGAAACAACUACUCCAAGAGGGAUUCCGAGAAGAGAGCAGAAAGCUUCAAGAAGAAAUAAAGAAUGUGGAGAAGAGAUACAAAGAAACAAUGGAUCAUAUAAAAGCUGAAUCUUCAAAGACUACAGUAAAAAUGAUGCAAGAAAUGCAAAGGAAAUAUGAUGAGAUGAUGGAAAAUAAAGACAGGGAUCAUCAGAAAUACGUGCAACAGUUGACAGAAAAGAUGGAGAGAGACAGAGCUCAGCAAGUAGCAGAGCAGGAGAAGUUAAUGAAUCUUAUUCUUCAGGAGCGUGAACUACAUCUCAAGGAAGAAAUCUCUGAAGAGAGAAGAAAACAUCAGAAGGAGAUUCAGGAUAUAGAGGCAAAAAACAGAGAAAUGCUCCUAAAAUUGGAAUCUGCACAAACUGAGAACACAGCAAAAAUGUUGAAGGAGAUGAAAGAGAUAAAUGUGAAGAUUAUGGACCAGAAAACAAAAGAUUUUGAGGAUUAUUUGAAACAGUUGACUGAGAAAAUGGACAGGGACACAGCGAGGCUCAUGGCAGAGCAAGAGGAGACCUUGAGCAAUAAGCUUCAGGUACAAAAGGAAAUUUUUAAUGAAAAACUCAAGAAACAGAACAGAAAGCAUGAGGAAGAAAUUUGGAAGAUCAAGAUGAAAAAGAAGAACUCUAAUUGUUCCGUGAUGUGAAAGGUCUAAGCACAAUGACUUCCUCCUCUGCUGUCUCUGUCAUUUCAGGGCAGAGUCUUCAGAGAUGCUUCAGACCAUCUCACAAUCAGAAUUGGAUAUAAUCCAGAAUAAUAAAGGUGGCCAAGCC